UGCGGAUUUGUACUUGGCUGCACAGAAUCUUUGCUGUUCAGAUGGUAUUCCGUGUUGUCAUUUUGCUACAGCCUCAGGAACAAUACCUAUGUAUAAGGAACGUAUAUCACAUCACACGAGAAUGAGUGUAUGCUGCUAGUAGAAGAGACCUACUGCUUGCUCUACUGUAAAGCUAGCCGCCCAACCAAGGCUCAGGUUUCGAUCAUACACUCUGCUGCUUCUUGUUUUCUUGACCCAAAACUGUCAUGGAAUAACGGGGGUCUGUUUUCAUUAUGUAGAAAGUGACGGCUCUUAAAACCAUCACACAGAGAUGCUUAAAGUGUUGCCUUCGAUUCAUUACUAAGCAGUUGUAUGCAAAAAAAAAAAAAAAAAAAAAAAAAAUUGCGAUGAAACCCUGUACUGUCAAAAACUGUUUCCAGGCAACAUUCUUUUUUUAUGCUACUGCAACAUAUCCCAUAUGUUGGUUUCAGUGUUUGGGCCAUAUUACUGUUAAUAAAUAAAUCAAUAAAUCCCAGAGACUUGCCCUGCAAGGGUUAAGUGCCGUAUACACCCUCCCCUGCCCUCUAACCCUUGUGUGUCUGCCCAGCCCUGCUGCUGCUGCAGCAUGUAUUGCAGGGAGAAGAGCAUACAAAUGAAGAGCAGUGCCUCGGCGCUCCUCAACAACCUGAGCGUGCUGCCCAUCGCAGAGAAGUGCCUCACCUACUUCACAGUGGUGCACUGCAACGUGGUGAACAUGGUGAGCGCCUCGGGGGACGGACUCAACUUUUCACACCGCCAGCUGCAGUCCAAGGAGGGCAGCAUUGCCGCCAGCUCUUCCCUUAUCAUACAGGCGUCCUGGUGUGUGCUGCCGUCUCGAGUUCUGCUGGUUCUCACGUCACAGAAGGGAAUCCAGAUGUACGAGUCCGAUGGCUUCAUCAUGGUGUAUUGGCAUGCCCUGGACAUCCCUGAGACCCCUUCAGCCGAGGCAGUGUUUGCUCGUGGAAAUGUAGCAGCCACUAUGCUCGGACACUACAUCUGUGUGGGCACCUCCUCUGGCUCUGUCCUGGUGUUUAAAAUACCAGACAAGGGGGCCAACAUCAUCCUAUCCGAGGUGCUGGAGGAGCACAGGGAUCCCAUCACAGACAUCACCACAGAGACCUCCCGCAGCAAGGAAUAUAUUGCUGACAUGGUCAGUGCAGACGACUCCGGCUUGCUUUGUAUCUGGAAAGCAGGAGAAGAUUUUAAACUGCUGAACAAGAUCCCUGCUUAUGGGUGCUCCUGCUCCUCGAUAAAGCUGUGGUCUGGGAUUGUUAUUGCGGGGUACGGCAGUGGGCAGAUCCGACUCUACGAUGCCCUGUCAGGCGUGGUGCACGUGGAGGUGAACGCACACGCGCGCUGGAUCUACGCACUGGAUAUCACACCGGACUCGGACAAGCUGCUGUCCGGAGCAGAGGACUCGCUGGUACGAAUCUGGAAGCUGAGCAAGUCCCCUGAGUCGCACUCUGUUGAGCACCAGCACACCGAGUGUGUCACCGACAUCCAGAUCUGUGGAGCAAAGUUUUGUGACCCUGAGGGGAGCGCCUUCGCUCUCACCGGAUACGACCUGUGCGAGAUCAUCCGCUUCACUCUGGUGUAGGGCCUGUGAGUGAGGAAGGAGCACGAACCCACAACACAGAGAUCAAGACAGGAGCAUCUGCUACCAUCACAGUUUGUGUGUGUGUGUGUGUGUGUGUGUGUGUGUGUGUGUGUGUGUGUGUGUGUGUGUGUGUCUUCAUUUAUAUUGCUUAUGGGGUCAAAGUUGGGAAGAUCUGAUAAAACCUACCUUAUGAGGACAUUGUACAUGCCCAUAUAAUGUUUAAACAUAACCAUCUUUAUA